UGGACACAGCAUUUAUUAAACAGCCAUACAAUGCAAAUCAUCUUUCUUUUUCCAUGCAACUUAGUUUCAGAAUGCUUGAUGAAGUGUAAUGGCUGGUUGCAAAGAAAAUAGAUGAUUCUUACUUUCUAAGCACUUACUGUUUGGGAUGGAUCUAGUGAUGUGUUGUAUACCAGCUCUCUAGAAUAAAAAAUACCCUGAUUUGUAAUGCUUGCCAAUUUCUUUGGUGCAUGUACUCCCAGAAUCACUGAUUUCAAGCUACCAACUUGAUGUUGCUAAACUGGGAGUUGGAAAGAGAUGUACACAGUUGGCUUCCCCUAUGACUCAGUGGUAAAGAAUCCACCUGCAGUGCGGAAGAUGCAAGAAAUGCGGGUUCAAUCUCUGGGUUAGGAAAAUCCUCUGGAGUAGGAAAUGACAACCCACUCCAGUAUUCUUGCCUGGAAAAUUCCGUGGACAGAGGAGCCUGGCAGGCUACAGUCCAUGGGGUUGCAAAGAGCUGGACAGGACUGAACGACUGAGCACACAUGCACGUGCACAGUUGGUUCUCAGGAGCUGGUAGAGCUGCCUGCAGCAUACCACUGGCAUUCCCAGCUAUCUGACUUCAUGUGAAAGAUGGCUAAUGCAGAAGUGAGUGUCCCAGUGGGGGAUGUGGUUGUGGUACCCACUGAAGGAAAUGAAGGGGAGAACCCUGAAGACACUAAAACCCAAGUGAUCUUGCAGUUACAGCCUGUGCAACAAGGGAUUUAUGAAGCUGGACCUGAGAACAAUACGGCAGUUGUGGCAGUAGAAACUCACACAAUACACAAAAUUGAAGAAGGGAUUGAUGCAAGCACUAUAGAAGCAAAUGAGGAUAUGGAAAUUGCUUACCCCAUAACUUGUGGGGAGAGCAAAGCCAUUCUCCUUUGGAAGAAGUUUGUAUGUCCAGGAAUAAAUGUAAAGUGUGUCAAGUUCAAUGAUCAGUUGAUCAGCCCCAAGCAUUUUGUUCAUCUGGCUGGCAAAUCCACCCUGAAGGACUGGAAGAGAGCUAUUCGUCUGGGUGGAAUCAUGCUCAGGAAAAUGAUGGACUCCGGACAGAUUGAUUUUUACCAACAUGACAAGGUUUGCUCCAAUACCUGCAGAAGCACCAAAUUUGAUCUGCUAAUCAGCAGUGCAAGAGCGCCAGUGCCAGGACAGCAGACAAGUGUGGUGCAGACACCCACUUCGGCCGAUGGUAGCAUCACACAGAUUGCCAUCUCAGAAGAGAGCAUGGAAGAGGCAGGGCUGGAAUGGAACUCAGCUCUCACUGCUGCUGUCACCAUGGCCACAGAGGAGGGCGUGAAGAAAGACUCAGAGGAAAUUUCAGAGGACACUUUGAUGUUCUGGAAAGGAAUAGCUGAUGUAGGACUGAUGGAAGAGGUUGUCUGCAACAUACAGAAGGAAAUAGAGGAGCUACUUAGGGGAGUUCAGCAGCGGCUCAUCCAGGCUCCCUUCCAGGUCACAGAUGCUGCUGUUCUUAAUAAUGUAGCACAUACAUUUGGCCUAAUGGACACAGUCAAGAAGGUUUUGGACAAUAGGAAGAACCAAGUAGAACAGGGAGAAGAGCAGUUUCUCUAUACUCUCACAGACUUGGAACGCCAGUUGGAAGAACAGAAGAAGCAAGCCCAGGAUCACAGGCUGAAAUCCCAGACAGUUCAAAAUGUGGUACUGAUGCCUGUGAGCACUCCUAAGCCUCCCAAAAGGCCCCGGCUCCAGCGGCCAGCCUCCACCACCGUCCUGAGCCCUUCUCCUCCUGUCCAUCAGCCUCAGUUCACAGUCAUCUCACCCAUCACCAUCACGCCAGUGGGUCAGUCAUUUUCCAUGGGCAAUAUUCCAGUGGCCACCCUCAGCCAGGGCUCCAGUCCUGUGACUGUCCACACACUGCCUUCUGGCCCUCAGCUCUUCCGUUAUGCCACAGUGGUCUCCUCAGCCAAGAGCAGCUCACCAGACACAGUGACCAUCCACCCUUCGUCUAGCUUGGCGCUGCUAAGCUCCACCGCCAUGCAGGAUGGCAGUACCCUGGGCAACAUGACCACCAUGGUGAGCCCUGUGGAGCUGGUGGCCAUGGAGUCUGGCCUAACCUCGGCCAUCCAGGCGGUUGAAAGCACCUCAGAGGAUGGGCAGACCAUCAUUGAGAUUGACCCAGCCCCAGACCCAGAGGCUGAGGAUGCUGAGGGCAAAGCAGUCAUUUUGGAGACCGAACUGAGGACUGAGGAGAAAGUCGUGGCUGAGAUGGAGGAACACCAGCAUCAAGUCCACAAUGUGGAGAUUGUGGUCUUAGAGGAUUAACUGGGGGUCUCGGGGCCAGGAGAUACGUUUUGGUUUGGAAUUUUAAUUAUUUGUUUAUUUUUAUCAUUGUCCCACUCAUUUCCACAUAGGAUCCUUUUUUUAAAAAACAAGAUCUGAUUGUUGUAACUGAACAUGUCGGGUCCCUUCCAGCCCCUCACUGAAAAAUGGACAAAACAAGCUGCCCUUCUGGAAGUUGAGAGUAGGUCAUUCAAUGUCCUAACCAUCUUACACCAAGAGAGUUAUUUCUUUGAGGGGAGGCAUCAAGAUAACCCGAAACCCUAUCCAGAAGUCACUUUCCAGGCUAGUCUCUCUGUGUACACACGUGGUUUUAGUCUCAUAAAGGUGCAUUGACCAAACCAGGGAACACAGAUCUGACCCUGGAAGGCAACCCACUCACACAUGGAUGCAAAAGUAUACUUAAUUUUGUAUCCUGGAACAAGCCCUCAGAGGCCAGUGCAAAACCCUCAAACAAAAGUGAGUUGAACUCUGCUUCAAGGGAAAGGUAACAGACUAGCAGAAGCUUAAAAAGGGAAGUGCUUUGGCCAGGAUGGGGCAAGGAAAUUAUCUUACUUCCAGAAGUGCAACUGAUGCCUCUUGUUAUCUCUUGAGGGUUACCACCAUGGGUGCCAUUUUGAGGCAAUGCCAGUGUUAAGCGGAAGGGUACAUUUUCACCAAGUAGGUGGCGUCAGGGACCUGCAGCUUGGCAGAGAUAAGAAUCCAGAGAUGUCACAGCUGUCCUUUGGGGCUCAGGCUUACCUUGCAGCCUGCUCUGUCAAAGCACUUAGCCUCCUAGUCCAUUCAUUUGCAAACUGUGUGAUGUGGUAUAAAAUCGCUCUGGUCCUUAGACUGUGGCUGUUCGGGGGGUGGGGCUCCAAGGCCAUCAUUUUUAUUGCAUGACUCCAGGAGCAGGAGAGUUCCUCUUCCAGACCAGCUGCCCUUUUUUGUGGGGCCCUUUCUUGACUUUGGAACCAAAAGCAGCCACUUCUUUGGUGCUUCCUCUUGUUUUCCCCUCUAUCCCUCAAUGGUUAAUGGCAUCUGUCUCCUGGAUCCCACGCUCUUCAGCUUUUUGGCUGAUUCAGAGAACAGUGACAGGUGGCUGCCUGCCUUCAUCCCCUUUUAGAUUCAUUUAUACCAUUUAUACCACAGAUGUUUCUGUGAGAUAUUGAGCUCAUAAAAGACCCUUAGGUUUGGCAGGGAGGACUCAACACCCCAGUCUGUCAAAUAGAUGUCUCCUCCUGAGCGAGCUGGACUCCCUGGGAAAGAAGCAUUGUCUGCAGCAUUAUAUUAUAGGAAGUGUACCAGGAAUGUAAUCAUAAUGUCUUUGGGUGGGGAGGGGGUAUUUUGUUUUGUUCUUUUUUAAAUGUUUUUGUAUAUUUGGAGCUGGGCCCAUUUUCUGUGCUGUGAUUCUUUCUCUUUGACCAUCUUCAGUGUUUGGGGCAAGAGUGGACCCUGGUUUUUAUUUCUAAAGAUUGCAUUGUUUACUGCACUAGGAAAAAUGUAGGGAAACUGCAGACCAUUUAAAGGAAAAGUAGGUCAAAAAAGAAAGCACACAACUUAGGAGUGGGAGGUCUUUUUUUUUUUUAAUUAAAAACAAAACUUUGACCUGUAGUUUCCUUCUUUUUUUUUUGAAGGCACCCACCUGAAGCCAUGUUUCCUCCAAUGGAUGUUGGAAACCCUAUUGUUAAGCAAGUGAAAACUGCGUUCUGCCAUCCCUCCGAUAGCUGUGCAUAGCUAGGGAAGCCUUCUAACUUGGAAGGGUUAAUCUUAAAAGGCUUAAGGGUGAAAUUUCUGAGUCCCAUGCAGUUGUGGUUUUCAGCUUUAAGAUUGUCCAGGGUUUUGUUUUUCUUUUCAGAAUAGUCAUUAGACAUAGCAAUCAAUUUAGGACAAAGCUUUGGCCCUUAAUAUAUCUUUAGUGAGGGAAAUGACUUUUAUUUCUUGCUUCUUUAGAUUUUCUGUUGGUACAUAAAAACAAAAUUUCUGCCUAAGUCUAAAACUACUACUUGAACCUAGAACGGCACAUGUCAUCCCUAUUGUGGCUUUUAAGGAUACUUUUCUCUUUCCCAGAGACAACAGGCUUAACUCUGGACAGAGGAGGAGCCUUAGAGAACACCUACGCGCUAGCUCAGGUUCCUUUCUUUCUUGUUUCAGAGAUGUUGGUACUGUUUUAAAGUAGUGUGAGCAUCAUGCUUCCUAAGUCAAGAGAUCGCCUCCUAAAGACAGAGCCUGUUUACUUUCACUCUGAAUAUUCCACAUGGUGGAAAUACAUGAGCUUUGUUGUUUUCCUGGUCUUCCAAUAGCCUGUCAUUAUUGCUGUGUACCCGUUGUUGAGUGUGGGUUUCCUCAUAGCCCUGGUCUAAAUGAUCUCAGAUGGGGUGAGACACAUGCAAGCCACUGGCAUGUGCACAAGCAGUUGCAAUGACUCAUUCCUCAGGCUGAGCUUUCAGCAGCCAUCUAUCUUUCUGUUCGUUCACUAAGUGAAUGUUUGUAAGUGUCACCUAUGUGCCAGGCUUUGUGCUAGGCACUCCCAGUACAGAGAUGAAGGUCGCUCAGUCCAUGCACUCAAGGAACUCAUUCUCCAGAGACUGUCUGGAGUUAAGAACUAUAUUUCAAUAUAAUUGGUUUCCUUUGUAACUCUAUGUAUUUUAGUUCAUGCACUGAUAAAUAUUGUUCCGAGAGCUGGUCCAUAGAUUUCAGAAGGCUACCAAAGGUACAAAAUGGUUAAGCCUUUCUCUAGGGAGAUACUGAAGCUAAUCAUCCGAUGGGAUAAGUGCAGUGACAGAGCUCUUGGCUAGGAGAAGCGAGAACAAAGGGUCAAGCAUCUAACCCAGCUUGGAGGCAGGGAUCAGUAAAUAACGGGAGUACUUUCUGGAGAAGAUGUAUACCUCACCUGAUUUAGGACAGAUCAUUUUUGGCUACUUUUUUGCAUUCCAUUUUCAAGUUGUUGGACUUAAGUAUACAAGAAAGGGGGAAAAAUCCGCUGUCUUGUUGCUUCUGCCUCCAGAGCUAGGCAGAGUCAGCAGCUCAGACAGUCUCUCCUGAGGGCACUCCACUGGAGAAAGCCCAGUCAUGCAUCAGCUUCUCUGAGUUUCCAGCAGAUGAAUCCAGUACAGGACUGGACUUUUAGCUGGUAGAAGGUAAAUGCCCCAAACGUUCUUACCAUGUGGUUUUCACAAAGGCCUCAGAAGCAACUGUUCAGCUGUCUUGCCUUGGCCAUGCCCCUGUCUGGCGCAUGCCUGUUCUCUUCCCCUUUUCAAUUUCCAGGCUCCGUCCCUGGCCCCUUCCCCAAUUAAAACAAAGCUCCCUGCCAUUCCGAAGUUAAAAAGGAACAAUAGACUUGAAUAUUUAAGAUUUCAAGCUGCUUCAUGUGGAGUUUCUUUUAUGCUUCUGUCCAUGUUUGGGAAGGAAGACCAGAAUUAAUCCAGAUACCCUCAAAUUUAACAUUCUGUUCAGGUGGAUUGACUGUUUAGUGGUGGCAUUUUAAUCCAUUUCAUGAAAGGCAUUAAAGGUAAGUCUGCAUGGUGGGAAGUACUGGUAACAUUUGAUGAUAAAGAUAGUGAAAUCAAGCAUGAAACAUGGAACUCCUAGUUCAUUGAGUUAUAACUGGCCCACAACUCUCAAGGAGGCAGAAAGGACAAAAGGUUGAAUUCUCAAAAUAGGCAUGAGCUGUGAUUCACUUGGGUAAUACUCCUGAGAAAAUAGUCCUUUCUGAGACAAAUCAGAUUCUAGGUUAGCUAGCCCCUCCCUUUUCAGUCAACUUACGUAGUAAGUUGAUCACAGACCCCUCACACCUUGGAUACCUCCUCCCUGGGAAAUUCUUGUGUAGUCUGUAACAUACUACAGUAAUAAGCAAGGCUGAUGUGCUAGACAAAGGAUCAGUUCUGCUAGACUGGCAUUGUCUGCCCCUGGUAUUCUCUUCUUAGAUAGCCUUAAUUGAGUCAUUUCUAGGUUUCCUUGCCAACCUGAAACACCUUUCUUAGUCCCAAGCUAGGCAAUCUCGCUUCUCUAGAAGGUUCUACUUUCCUUGAACAUCCUCAUCACGUUCCACCAUCCUCCUUGCUUUGGAGAAACCAGUGUGACUUAGUUCCCAAAUCCUGCCCUGUUAGUAACUCUACCUUUCUUAGCAACAACUUUCUUAUCAACAACUCAACUCAAGACAAUCAUUUCCUUCUAAGGAGACCCCAAGACCCAAACCUCACUGUACAUCCAGAGAUUUCAGUCUUCACUCUAGAACAGCCUUCUUAACUCUAGUCAUUGCUUGAACUGAGGCAUCUUUGGGAUAUGCUUGUACUUGAAGUGCCUCAGAACACAGAUUCUAAAAUCUAUCACACACCUGAUCAAUUCUCUACCUAUGGUCCAUGGCCCAGGCUAAGACAUGCCUGUUUGCUGGAUAAAUUAUUGCAGCCCAGUAUGAUUCCUACUACAUCUUCAUAACUACCUGAAAUUUCUGUUGUGUCUAUGAGCCUCCCAACCUGAAGACUCCUGAAGCCCUCUCAUCCUAAAGUAGGCCAUACCAUACUUUGAAAUUGCCUCUGGAUUCUCCUCCUGCUUCUUUGUGCCUUUACUAGUAACUGUGGUUUAUGAUAUGGUAUACGUGGGUUGAUUUUUCUAGUUUGAGAACAAGUGGACAUUAGCACUGGAUCACAUAUAAAGGUAAAUCUGAGGCUGGGUAGUGAUCCAGAAGGAAAGAUGGGUUCCUCGUUGGACUUUAAUGUAGGAGCUUCUGUAAAAGGGGGUGUUACCUGCAUUUCAAAGUAUGUUUUUAAAAAAAGCCCCAAACUUCUCAGUUGUUUUCUCUAAAGAAAUAUAUGUGUUGUAGAGCAAACUGGAAGCCCACAGCUCUGAAUCAGCCUUGAGAUUUACUUUGGCCCAUAUUUUUGUUUUAACUUUUUUUGAAAAAAAAGUUCAUUUAUUUGGCUGCAUUGGGUCUUAGUUGCAGUUGUUUUAACUUUUUAUUGACAUAUAAAUGCAUACAGGAAAGUGCAGUUUGAUAAACUUAAAUUGAACAUACCCACGAAAUCAGCUUUCAGAUCAAGGGGGGGAAAAGUAAAAAACAACCCACCAGCACUUCUCCCAGACAGUGUAACCGCUAUCUACGUCUCUAACAUCAUAUCUUAGUUUUACCUAUUUCUGAACUCUUUUGGGACUGGCAUUUUUUCUCUCAACAUUAUGUUGUAAGAUUCACCCAUAAUGUGUGAAGUGUAGUUGAUUACUUCUCUUUGCUGUGUAGAGACUAUUUUUACUAUGUCACAACUGAUUGGCACGUGGGUAGCUUCCAUUAUGGGGCUGUUAUAAAUAAUGCCUGUGAAAAUUCUUUUUUGGGGGCGGGGGAGGGGCACUGUGCCAUGUGGCUUUCCAUAUCUUAGUUCCCUGACCAAUGAUUAAACGCAGUCCUGACAGUGAAAGCGCCAAUCCUAACCACUGAACCACCAGGGAAUUCCCACCUUCGGAUAUUCUUGUACCUGUCUUUUGAUGAACAAAUCUGUGCAUUUAUGUCUACAUGCGUGCAUGCUUAGUUGCUCAGUCUCGUGUCUGAUUCUUUGUGACCCCAUGGACUGUAGUCGGCCAAGCUUCUCUGUCCUUGGGAUCCUCCAGGCAAGCAUACUGGAGCGGGUUGCCACUUCCUCCUCCAGGAGAUCUUCCUGACCCAGGGAUCAAACCCGGUCUUCUGCAUCGCAGGCAGAUUCUUUACCAUCUGAGCCACCAGGGAAGCCCCGUUUAUGCCUACGCAGAGUUUUAAACAUAGGAACAGUUCACAUGAAAAAUUUAGGAUAAACCUUUUCUUUAAACAAUAGCAACAACAAAAACCAAAGCCCAGAAGAUCUGACAACACUGGGUCCACAUUUCCUCACAGCAGCACCAGACUGGAACUGAGGCCUGUGUUAGGUGGACCAUGGCUUCUUAACAGACACUGUUACUCCCUAUUACAAACCCAAAUCUAUUAAUAUUUAUUUUUUGUAGCUUAUUUUUUGAUUCAAUAGUCUCAAGCACACUCUUCCCCUCAGAUAGCUGCAGAGCUUAUUAUUAAUACCUCAUUUCCUUUCAAGUCUCUGUUCACAUGUUCCCUUAUCAGAGAGGACUUCCUUGAUUACCCACCCUAUGAAAAGUGGCAAUUUCCUUCUGCACUGUGCUUCCCACAUUCCUUUACCCUGCUUUAUCUUUCUUUCUUUUGCUAUCACCUGAUAUACAUGUAUUUUUUUCUCCCCCAACUAGAGUGGAAGCUCCAGGAGAGCAGGGACCUUUCUCACCUCUUGGUCACUGCUGUUUCUGCAGUCCCUGGAACAGUGCCUGGCAUGUAGUAGAGGCUGGAUAGAUAUUUGAUGCAUGAAUAAUAAUAUUAAUAACAAUAAUAGCCAAUACUUAUGGAAGGAUAACUAUGUACCAAGCAUUGUUCUGAGCACUUUACAUUGUUAAUCCACUUGAUCCUCACUACAGUCCUGCGUGGUCAAUAGCAUUGUUUACAUCAUUUUACAAUGAGGAAACAUUUAUAUUCUACUCAAAACAACAGAUACAUUUGAAGCAUUGUAUAUGGGUCAAACUUAUUAAACAGAGUCUUUAAAUGUG